UCGUCAAUCUAACUUUUGACUUUUGAGAUAAAGAUUCCUGCUUUCUUCCUGGUCAAUAAUGGCUGUCGAAGAAAUAAGUGAGGGAUGACUCACGUCUACCCUACCAUUAUUAUUUGUCUAGCCAGCCCAUAUUCUCAUCUCAAAAUUUGGCCAGAAGAAAAGUGAUACCAUAUACCAUACCAAUCCUCUUCUUCUCACUUCAUAUCUCUUGUUUUUCUCUGUUUCCACUGCUAACCAAAACAUGGCUGAGGCACUCAUUUCCGUGCUUCUCGAACAACUGGCUUCAGUAACUUUCCAAUACGUCGGAGAAGAGUUGAAGCUGGUUUUGAAUGCGGAGAAAGAUGUUCAAGAAUUCGAGGCCAAACUUAAAGUGAUUGGUGCUGUGCUUGAGGAUGCGGAGCUGAGGCAGGUAAAGGAGGCCAGCGUCAGAAAUUGGCUGGAGCAGCUGAAAGAUGUGUCGUACAAGAUGGACAAUGUGCUGGAUGAGUGGAAGACUGAAAUUCUGAGACAACAAGUUGAGAAACAAGAAGAGCACGGUGGAAGUACUUCUCUUGUUGCUAAGAAGAAGAAGAGGGCGGUAUGUUUCUCUAUUCCCUCCUCUUGCUUUUGUUUUGGCCAAGUCGGCCAAGUCAGUCGGGUAAUUCUUCGUAGUGACAUUGCUCAUAAGAUCAAAAGUCUGAAUGAAAAUUUAGAUGUGAUUGCUAAGCAAAGAGAAACAUAUAACUUUCAAUUCACAGAGAGAACGACCACUGAACAACCUGAGCGAGAGAAAACUUCUUCUUUUGUUGAUGAAUCUAUCAUAUUUGGUAGAGAACAACAAAAGGAAGUUUUGGUUGGCAAGUUGUUGAAUGAGAGUAGUCAAGAAGAGAGGGGCCUCCUUGUCAUCCCUAUUGUCGGGAUGGGAGGAAUGGGGAAGACAACUCUGGCCCAAUUGGCUUUUAACGAUGAAAAUGUUAAAGUUUGUUUUGGGAUGAGAAUAUGGGUUUGUGUUUCAGACCCUUUUGAUGAGAUGAAAAUUGCUAAAGCCAUCAUUUCUGGUGCUAAAGCUGUCAGCCCAAAUUCGGAUGAGUUGGAAGAUUUCUUUCAAUGUAUGUCUGAAUCCAUCAGGGGAAAGAAGUUUCUCCUUGUCCUAGAUGAUGUGUGGACUGAAGACCAAAGAAAGUGGGAGAAAUUGAAGUUGCCAUUAGUACAAAGUGGCGCCCAUGGCAGUAGAAUAUUGGUGACCACUAGAAAACAGGUGGUUGCUGAUAUGGUGGGAGCUCCCACUCACACCAUUAAUUUGGAGAGGUUGAGCAAACAAAAUUGUUUGUCAAUAUUCAACCGUAUGGCAUUUUAUAAUAGGGAUAAGGAUGGUGUGUUGGAAGCCAUUGGUGAAGAAAUAGCAAAAAAGUGCAAGGGUUUGCCUCUUGCUGCAAAGACUCUGGGUAGUCUCAUGCGUAACAAGAAAACGAGGAAAGAAUGGCAAGAAGUUUUGAACAGUACGAUAUGGGACUAUGAAGAGGUUGAGCAACAAGUUUUCCAACCACUAUUACUGAGUUAUUUUGAUUUGGCACCUGCGGUCAGACGAUGCCUUCUAUAUUGUGUUAUCUUUCCAAAAGAUCAUUGGAUCAAUAAAGAUUAUUUGAUUGAGUUGUGGAUGUCACAAGAUUAUCUCUAUUUGAAAAAAGACAUGGAGAAGAAAAUAAUUGGCCAAAGGUUUUUCAAUAACUUAGCAAUGCGAUCUUUCUUCCAAAACUUUGAAGAAGAUGUUCUAGGAAAUAUCGUGAGUUGUAAAAUGCAUGAUAUUGUGCACGACUUUCUGCAGUUUCUUACUCAAAAUGAAUGCUUUACAAUGGAGGUUAAGGGUGGUAACGAUACAAUAGAGGCCUUGGGUGCCAAGAUCCGCCAUUUUACCUUAAUGCUUGCACCCAAGGGUCCACUCUCAUGUGUUUCGUUUUCCAGCUGCGAUCUACGUACUCUUGCAACUUUUGAUUCAAAAUUUAAUGCUGUGGACUCAACUUUGAUCUCGCAGUUGAAACAUAUUAGGACAUUAAAUUUGAGUGGUGGUUGUAUUGAAGUGCUUCCGGAAGAGAUAGGUGAAUUGGUGCAUCUGAGGUUCAUUGAUUUGUCUGGAAAUGAUGGUUUGAAAAAGCUACCGAAUGCGGUGUGUAAUUUAUACAAUUUGCAGACAUUGCGCCUUGAAAGAUGUGGGAAACUUGAAAGUCUACCUCAAGGCAUGGGUAAGUUGAUUAACUUAAAGCAUCUUUAUGUUUGGGAUUGCCGUCAACUGAAGUACUUGCCGAAAGGGAUUGGGAGAUUAACAAAUCUAAGAAGACUAGAUUGGUGCCCUGUUGGCGGUGGUAAAGACGAUGAUGAAGCGUUUGAAUUGGGAGAUUUGAGAAACUUAGACCAACUUCAUAAACUCUGGAUGGUAUUUUAUGGGGAAGUUAAAGUUGCUGUGGGUGAGGGUGAGAAAGCAUCACCCCUGGGGAACAAACAACAACUCUUACGUUUGGAUGUAAGUUUUGAAGAUCGGGAAGGUGACGAGGGAAGAAGAAGCAGCAGUAGUGCAGAAACACUGAAUUUUUUACGACCGCAUCCAAAUUUGGAAUUGUUAAGAAUUGAAAGGCAUAAUGGAAGCACUGCCCCCAACUGGAUCAUGUCAUUAAACAAUUUGAGACUUCUCACUCUCUAUGAAUGGAAUGAAUGUGAAGUUUUACCUCCUUUGGGAAAAUUACAGUCUCUCGAAACACUCAGGCUUCGGAGCAUGGAAGGAGUAAAAAAGGUUGGAGUUGAGUUUCUGGGAAUAGAAAAGGAAACGUCAUCAGCAUCAUCAUGCAUUACUCUAUUCCCAAAAUUGAAAAAACUCAUAUUUGAGUCCAUGGGGGCGUGGGAAGAGUGGAAAGGAGUGGAAGAGUUGAAGGAAGAGGAUUCUCAUAUUACCAUAAUGCCAUGCCUUUCUUCUUUACAGAUUUGGGAGAGCCAUCAGCUAAAAACACUGCCAGACUUCUUGCGGAAAACACCACUUCAGACACUUGAUAUCAGUUACUCUAAGAGUCUUGCACGAGGUUGCCGAAAAGGCAGAGGAAAGGAGCGGCCCAAGAUUUCUCACAUCCCCAAUAUCACAAUCUGGCCUAAAUAUUCUGAUUCUGAUGAUGAGGGCGAAGGCAUAGUGGAAGCAGAGGAUGAUGUUGAGUUGCAGGAGAGGCCUUCCACUUCGGACCUCCAGUAGUGUGAUUUAGCUGCUAGCAGUUAGAGGAUGGACGCAGGAGAGGAAGUGAGAUGGAAAGGGAGACAAAGCUGCAUGCAUUACUAGAACCGGUGGUUGGCUGCUGCAUUACAGAUUUCAUCGGAAACGUCUUUUCCUUUGCUUUCGGGCAGAAUGAAGAUCGUCUAGACUCUAGACAUAGGCACAUUAAUUGUGUGUAUGUGUGUACAGUAUAAUGCAAAGAUAUCAUUCACUGGACCUGCGGAGUACAGUGCACAUUUUAUGUAAAUACUAAACAAAUUAGUAAAGUUCGGCAGAUUGAACAAAAA